GGUAAACCAAAAUCAAAAGUUUUGGCUUUCUUCUUCUUUGUUUCUGUUGAGCUGCUUUUAUAGAGAAUAUAUUAUUACAGGAUUGAUGGGAAUGAUGUUUGAAGAUCAGUGCCUUCAGGCAAAGCAGCCUAAGCAUGACUGUGUGCUUUUUGAUCUGGAUGAUACCCUUUAUCCUUUGGCAUCUGGGAUUGCAGUUCAUUGCAGGAAAAACAUAGAAGAUUACAUGGUCGAAAUGCUUGGGUUCGAACCGAGCAAGGUCUCUGAGAUGGCUGGUCUUCUUUACAGGAUUUAUGGCACCACCAUGGCUGGUCUUAGGGCAAUCGGCUAUACAUUCAAUUAUGAUCACUACCACAGCUUUGUUCAUGGGAGAUUACCUUAUGAUACGCUUAAGCCAGAUCCUGUUCUCAGACAACUUAUAUUGAGCAUUCCAGUUCGUAAAGUGAUUUUCACAAAUGCCGACAAAGUCCAUGCUGCUAAAGUUCUAAGCAGACUGGGUCUGGAAGGAUGCUUUGAAGGAAUAAUUUGUUUUGAAACAUUGAACAGAACAGACGAGAACUCUUCCUCUGAUCAACUAACUUCCCCCAUUAAAGCCAACAUCUUUGAAGAUUUAUUGAGACCUCCUCCAAAUUUUGAACAACCCAAAACUCCAGUUCUCUGCAAACCAUCUGAAACAGCCAUGAUCCGUGCUCUUGAGAUUGCAAAACUUGAUCCACAGAGAACCAUUUUCUUUGACGAUAGUAUUCGAAACAUUCAGGCGGGCAAGCGGAUCGGUCUCAACACUGUGCUGGUGGGUGCUUCACUGAGAGUGAAUGGAGCUGAUCAUGUAUUGGAGAGCGUUCACAAUAUUAAGGAGGCUUUGCCGGAGCUGUGGGAGGAGGCGGAUGAGAGUCGAGGUGGUCAGCAUGGCAGUGAGGUUGUGAUCGAGAUGCCUGUGUCUGCUUAACUUUGAUGAUGUGAAGAUAACAUGAGAAUGGAAAUUGCUGCGGUUCUAUUUGUUCAUUCUGUAUGUUGAUAGUCUGAUGGAUGGAUGCUCGCGUGUAGUUUUUUUGUUGAUGCAACACGUGUAGCUUCUGUAAUUUGUAUUUCAGAUGUAAAAUUCUAAUUUUUCACCAUUUUAUGAAAUGCAACCUUUUAAAUUAUGUCAUUCUC